AUGAACACAAGAGGUAUCGCGCCCUGCUUGCGGGUGGUUCGACAGUUCCGAUGCACGCGUCAAAGACAGAGCCAUGCAUCAUUUCAGCAACGCUUUGCGAGCACGUCGUCUCCACCUGCUGCAGCACCAAGUUCGACAUCUUCGUCAGUCUCGCAAUUCGGCUUGAUCACGAGUGAGCUGGACAAGUUGUCCCCCAGAUUCGAUGUGUCGGCGGAUUCUAUAGAGAUUCUGAGGUCUCCAGCGGAAUUCUACGAGACACUCAAGGAAAAAAUCAUACACGCACAGAAGCGUAUCUACUUAUCAACUCUGUACAUUGGCAAGAGCGAACAUGAGCUUAUCGAUACAAUUCGCACCGCGCUCAAAUCGAAUCCGCAGUUAAAGGUCUCUCUCCUUACGGAUUACUUGAGAGGAACGCGAGAAGCACCAGAUCCAUCAUGUGCCAGUCUCUUAGCAUCCUUGGUCACCGAGUUUGGUAGUGAGCGAGUCGAUAUUCGUAUGUAUCACACUCCAAACUUGACGGGAGCCAGAAAAGCCGUACUGCCCAAACGAAUCAACGAAGGAUGGGGACUUCAGCACAUGAAGCUCUACGGUAUUGAUGAUGAUAUUAUCAUGUCCGGAGCAAAUCUAUCAGACGACUACUUCACCAAUCGACAGGACAGGUACCACGUCUUCAAAUCUGCGCAGAUCACAGACUACUUUGCCACGUUGUAUCAGACAGUAUGCAAUCUGAGUUACAAGGUUGUACCCUCCAAAGAACCCGCUGGCUUUGUCACAGAAUGGCCGGAGACCAACAUCCAACCAGCUCCUCUAUCGGACCCCAAAGCGUACAUUCGAGCAGCGACGAAGGCGCUGCAACCUCUUGCAAAUCCACAAAACAGGUCUCAAUCACCAGGAUCGACCUCCGAUACACAAGUGUACCCGCUGUUGCAGAUGACGCCACUUCUCAAGCCCGACACUUCCACCGAGUUACCGGCACUCACAGGUCUCCUCCAUCGACUCGGUACUCCGGAGUUUGCGGGUUCAAAGUGGACUUUCACAGCAGGCUACUUCAACAUGACACCAGAGGUGCGAAAGUUACUCCUACAGUCAAACCCAUCUUCCGCGACUGUAGUCGCGGCGUCUCCAUGGGCCAAUGGCUUCUACGGCAGUAAGGGCAUCAGUGGCAUGUUACCUGCAGCAUACACGCUGCUAUCGCGGCGUUUCCUAGACGCGGUCGCCAAAGAAGGACUGGACAAGCAGAUCACAGUGAAGGAAUGGCGAAAGGGAACAGUAAACACGCCCGGAGGAUGGACGUACCACGCCAAAGGCAUAUGGGUCACCUUACCCGGCGAGAGUAAUCCCAGUGUCAGUCUGAUCGGCAGCUCAAACUAUACUAAGCGAAGCUAUUCCCUGGACCUGGAAGCCAACACAUUGAUCGUCACACGGAACAAGGACUUACAACGACGACUUGGCGAAGAGGAAAGCUGGCUACAGGAACACGCCACGCCAAUGUCUCGCGAUGAUUACGCCAAGACAGAGAGAAGGGUUGGACUCAAAGUGCGACUUGCUAUGUGGAUUGUAACUUUAGUAGGAGGAGCAUUGUAA